CUAUAACUGAAGAAGUAAAUCAAAUCUAAGCCAUUAGAAAUGGCUCAAGCGACCGUAGUACUGAGUUUCCAUGAAAUCCUUCUCCAUCAGUCAGAUGUCGAUCUUCUGGACGGGCCAUAUUGGCUCAACGACACAGUAAUAUCAUUUUACUUCGAAUAUCUAGAACGAGUAUUAUUCACUAACAACGAUGAGUUACUAUUUGUAACUCCGGAAGUGACACAAUGUAUAAAAAUGGUUGGAACGGAUGAAAUCAAUACUUUUUUGGAACCACUUGGUAUAAGUAGGAAGAAGUUUGUUUUCUUUGCGCUAAAUGACAAUAAUUUGCCGGACAUGGCAGGAGGCUCACACUGGAGCCUCUUAGUGUACUCCAAGCCAGAGAGCUGUUUUUACCAUUUGGACUCCUCAUCAGGGAGCAAUCACAAUGUGGCAUGGGAGUUUGCCAGUCAUUUAAUAUCAUACUUUUCACCUACAGGUUCAAUAAACUUUGUAGACAAGGAAUGCCUCCAGCAAAGUAAUGGCUAUGACUGUGGAAUCCACGUGAUUUGCAACACAGAGAGGCUGGCUGAAUGCGCCCACAGAAACGGCCAUAUUGGCAUGUGUGACAUGACAAUCAAGAUCUACCCUGGAUCCAAGAGAAGAGAGAUUCUUGAAAUUAUUAGAAACUUGACCAGUUCUCAUUGACUAUAAAGUCAUGAUACAUUUCACUUAAAAAGUAGCUUGCAAUAUAACACGUAGCUUAGUAAUUUUGAAAUAAUAACAAGCCUUCCCUUCUCACUUUUAAAAAUAUGUUUUCUUUUAUAAGGUAUUCAGAAACAGAAAAUAUGAUACCAAUUCGUUACAAUCCUUCGGUGGGAAUCAAAACAAACUGCCCUAGCCCUUCCCUCUCUCUCCCACCCGUACGACUUCCUCAGCCCCCGAUUUCGAGUAAUUCGCGCGCGCAAUUAAGCAUAAUGAUACCUACA